GACCUUAUGACCUAUGCAACAGGCUGGGGGCUUAAAAUGGGACUGUUAUCGGUGCGAGGGGAUUGUUGAGAGGUGUUAUCUUUUACUGUACUAUGAUUAGUGCUUGCCUUGUUGGUGAGCCUUGGGAUUUCUUGUCGAGGAGGGUUUGAAUUACAGUAUUAAGCUGGGUAUUUGGUCGUUACCUACCUGGCUGGUUGGUUUGUGGGUAUUCAUCGCUUUUAUAAUCUGUCUUAUCCGUGGUGGUCUUACUGAUAAGGUUGUCUCACUGUUAGAGCUAUUGUCUGUUGAUAUGCCACACUUGGUCCACCACCGACGACGCCACUCUUGGCCAUACUGCGGUCCUGGGACGCAGCUGCGUGAACGACGAAAUCUGCCGUUGGUUAUCCCCGAACAACAGUUCUUGACACCAGUGGGAUCGGAGGAUUUGCUUGACGAUGAUGCCGCUUCUGCGGGCAUCGUUCGUUCCAACACUGCACGGCCCCAUCGACGAUGGUUUGCCCCAUGGGAAUCCACCACUCCUGGGGUAGCGAGCCCGGGUGCUGGGUCGGGAACGGGGUCACUUCGGAAAAUGAUCCGUCCGCCGUUGGAUAAGGCGCGAUCUCUCUUUGUGUUGCCUACGACGACCACUGCUGGGGAGAGCGUGCUGGUUUCAUACUGGAUACCGCAGGGAGCUCCUGUUACGCCGGUCCCAGCGCCGAUGCCUGGAAGAGGGAGGGUUUCUGGUUCCGAAACCGGAACUAGAUACCUGUCAGUUGAACGAUAUCACCGACGAUGCCAUUCGGAGCAGCCUCGGGCUUGGAAAAGGCCGAGCGCGAGUUUGUGGCCACUUGAAGAGGAAUAGUCUAUGGAUUCUAUCAGUUAGACUGUGUUGUUUCUCCGGUUAUCUCCGCACAGCUUGUUCUCUGGGUUGGUAUUCAUUGCAUCGCGAGGGUUGCUUUCAGGCGUUGACGGGACAUCUUGCAUGUGGCGGCAUCUUUGUAUGGCGGUUGCAGGUCUGAUUUGACGUUAUUAGCAUCAACAGUAGUCUAUAUGCAAGACAGAAAUAAUGAAAAGACGGUCUUAUGACCCGGACUUGUCGCAGCAUAAUUCC